CGGGGCGGGGGGAGGGGGCGCGGGGUGGUGCCGCCCCCGCCCUGGGGACGGCGGCGGCGGCGCGACGCCGCUGCGGGAGGGGAGGAACAGCCAAGCAAGCCGCCGCGCUCAGGGACUCGCUUCUCCGCGGCCGGGUCGGUAACUGCCGGCUGCGUCGCGCGCGGGCCGCCGCCAGAACAGGGCUUUCCGUGGCAACGGUGGUCCUGGAAGCCGCUGGAGAGAGGAGAAUGGUGCGGUCUUUCCGAAACGCGGUCUUCGGGGAGAGAACGCUUAUUUUAUAUGGCACAGCUGGCGAUACGCUGAUAGCCUAUCAAUGGACUUAGAUGCUAAAGAUGAAGAGGAAGAGAGUCUGCAAACAGCUUUCAAAAAGCUGAGAGUGGAUGCAGCAGGAUCUGUUGCAGCUCUUUCUGUGGGUGAUGGGACGGUUUUGAGAACACCGAUAAGAGCAGCUAUGGAUGGAGCCAAACAACAGUCUGUCUGCUCUAAAGAAGCUUGGCAUGGGUGCUUGAGGAAGCCUUCAAGAGGGUCAGCAAGAAUCCCACGUCGCAGACGUUCCAAGUCUCCUGUCCUGCAUCCUCCCAAGUUUACGUAUUGCAGUAUGAAAGCUAACAACCAGCUGAAACACAAAACCCAGUCAGACACUUCGAAGAGUAACGUCAGUUCAGACAUUUUUGUUGCAACAGAACAUGGUACAAAGGACAGGCAUGAUUCUCAAUUUGAGGCCAGUGAUGACAGAAGAACCAGAACUAAACCUUUGGAAGCUUCCACAGCUGAAGAGCUGUUGGAGAAUUCAAGGGAGAAUUGCCCUGCUCUCUCUUCAGCCUUUGAAACUAGCCUGGAUUCUAGCCAAACUUCAGAUUUCCAGUCCUUAUCCAUGCUUAGCAAUGGCAAGCAGUGCCCUUGUUCGGACAAGAAAUGCCAGUGCAAACAAUGGCGAACCAUGGAAGUGUACUCUUUCUCUGGCUUGCGGAGCGUCCUGUCAGAAUGCGAAAAAGCAGUCCUAGGAGUCCACUGUCAGUCUCUUCAAAACAGAUCCCCUUGUGGAGCGGCCACAUCAGGUUCUCCUAGAUCUUGUUCUGAGCAAGCUCGAGCCUUUGUGGAUGAUGUGACUAUUGAAGAUCUUUCAGGAUACAUGGAAUACUACUUAUAUAUUCCCAAGAAAAUGUCUCACAUGGCAGAAAUGAUGUAUACUUGACUGAAAGCAAUAGAGAAUCAUGAAUCAGAGUUUGUGAUAUUGGUUGGGUUAAAUGCCUUGUCAGUGCCAUGGCUGUUUACACUGCUGUGUGUUUGAUCAAAUGUUUCUUUGCAUCGUACAGUUUAGUUUUCUAAUAAAAUGAAAAAUGGAAUAUAGUUUCUGAGCUUAGUUCUAAAAAGAAUGCACUAAAGUCUCUGAAUACCUUAACAAAAGCACCGUAGAUCAAAUAAACUCCCUUUGUUUUUUGGUUUGUGCUGUGGAUAUUCAAGCUCUGUAUGCUGUUUUCACUAUGUCUGGGAAGAAGAAGAGCUUUUUAAGCUUUGUUCUGAAAUUUUGCAGGGUUUGGAAGAUUCAUUCUUGAUGUGUCCCAGUACUUAAAGAAAUGUUUUAUAGUUCCAGCUCUGUGUUACUCAUCCUGCUCCAGGGAUUAAAAGGGGAAGGCCUUCAGUAUUUUGGAUAGGAUACAUAUCCUUGAACACUGCCUGGCUUUUUUUUCAUUUCAAUCAAAUUGUGAAGGCUUCUGCCUCACAAUUUUGUUAGGAGGUCAAGAAUGUGCUGGAGCAUGCUUGGACCCUUUCAUAAUCUAAUUAACUCACACUGUUACAUUUAUGUACAGAUAGUGAAGCUCAUAGAAGCAAAAAUAUAUGUCCUUAUGUAUGCUUUACAGAUGGAGUAAUUUAAGGGAGAGUGAAACAGGCUAAGAGAAUUAAGAAUAAAAUUUCCUUUGGGCCAUGCAGUCUCCAAAACUGAGAUUGUGAAGCCAUCUACACUGAUUAUUUCCAGGUAUGUUUGAUACACAGAACAGGUUGGAAAUGGGGUAAACAAGAAGUAUAUAUCAUACAGGCUUUGUGGUGUAGAACUACAACAUUCCAUCUGAUUGAAAAUACUCAAAUAAAACACACUGUUGCCAAGAUGUGCAUUAAUAAAUGUUUGUCUAAGCCCAGCAUAUUUAAAGUAUAGCCUGAAUAAUAUAAUUUACACUGAUUUUACCCCCCCCAAGAACUUUUCUUACUUUCUUUUUUUUUUUAAACUAAAGCAUGGAUUCAGUAUCAGCUAUAAAUGCAUACUGAACAAUUGUGUUUGAGUAGGAUAGUGCAAUUUUUACUUUUACAUUUCAACAUCUGUGGUCAGCAAGCCAAGGAGUCGCAAGCAGUUCUAUAAAAAUAGAGAGCAGCAGGUGUAGACAGUUGACCUUGCUUUCUGUGCUAGGGAAGUCUCAGAAAUUCUAGAUGAUCCUCACUUAUUUUCUGUAGAUUUUAUUCUAAUUGUCCAUAAAACUUACUUUACAAAUCCAGGAAGUACAGAUUUAAAGUUCAAAAAAAUCCAAAAUAAGUUAGCAUGAGAAUACAACAAAAACUAUUACUUUGCUGUUAGGUGUUGCCACUUCAUGCACUUAGCAUGCAGUAUGGCAUGUUGUCUUUGAUUACAUUUAACUGAUUUCUAAAUUUUAUCUCACUUUACACAUCUUCCCCCACCUACCUUCAUAUUACAAAACAGGAAGAUUGAUGUUGUUUGGGUAUUUUAAAUCACAUGUUAGGAAAGGAUGACUGUUUAACGUUAACCAUUAUUCUUGAGCUUUUAGGGUCUUUUUUGGUCUUGUAAUCUUUGAUUUUGGAUAGUGACAACAGCUGUGUCAUUAUUUUACUUGUAAUUUAUUGAUUACAUUUUUCUUUUUACCUAUGAGUUACUUUGUUCAAAUAUUCAGAAUUUUGUAUGUGAACUUACUUUUCCCUGUUUGGUUAGUAUUUUACUGUCCCAUUCCCUUCUCCUUCCUCUUCUAGUGCUGUCCUGCAUACACACAAACAGACAGACAAGAGUUUUCAUCACAUUUGGUUGUGCUUUCCUCACUUUGUCCCCUCUUUCUCCCUGCAGUAAAUCUGGUAUAGUAUGUACUUUGCUUUUAAACCUGAAUAUUUAGUACUAGUUAUCUUUGCUACUGCUGUUUUUCAAAGGAUAUUUCUGCUUCAACGGGGGGUGUCCACUUGUGUUUCUGUUCAUGUUUUAUUUCUGUGCCCUCUUUCAAAGUGUUUGAAGAUAUUGUUGCUAAAUGCUGUGUAUUUCUCCCUUUUAAACCCUUUAAAAUUACCCCUGCAUCUCAGUGAGCGUUGACCUAAAAUGUGUGCUUUUGAAGAUGGGGUGUAUUUCUUUAGAGUGCACAAAUGAAAUUCUUUAAAACUGGUAUUGGUUGUCUGCAAAGGGAACAAAAAAUGCUCCCCUUUGCAGCUGGAGCACUAGCAAGCAGUACAGCUAGGCUCUCCCCUGGAUCUGUGGGAUGACUGACUGACUCAAGGUCACCUUGAUGCAGUUGUUUCUGCUGUGGAAUACAGUGCUGCUUCUAUUUAAUAAAGCAUGUACAAAACUCAGAA